UCACGGACCACAGGCUCGCGCCACUUGAUGCCCCCACAUUCUCACUCACGCACACACACACACUCACGCGUACACAUUCCUCCGGUGACUGUGUAGUGGUCGCCUCUCUCAGACACGGACGUGCUUUUGGAUGUACGAGCCGGUGCCCGCGUGCAACGAUGGUGUGAAGAGGUGCCAUAUCAAGACAUCUGGAGUUAAUGUGAGAGCAGUUCUACUGAGAUGUCAAUGUCUUCCAGUUAGCGCGAUUCUACAAUGAUGGGGAUAUAAAGGAGAGUCUGCAGCUCUCCUCUCAGGGACAGUCUUCUGCAGCCCUUCUCUGGUCACAGGCCUGCCGGCAUCUCUCAUCCAUACCAUUCCUCUUCACAUCCACCCAUCCUUCCCCCUGUCAUGAAAGGCCUGUCCAGUAGUCGGAGUCACCAUCACGUGGUCUCCUAUGAACCGUCAUACGAUCUACUGGGUCACCACGUAGACCGCAAGCCAUACUUAAUCAGUCAGAACGACAUGCCUGUGCCCAUUCCCAUGCCGCAUUCAGCUGAGCUGGCCUACUACAAUGCUCAGCGCUCCCCGUACCCCUCUGACAGCAACAGCAUCGUCCCCUAUGGAACCUUCCCAAGGAGGUGCCACUCCACCUCCUCAUCUCACCAUCCUGAGGUAAAGGAUGAGGGUUUGGCCAUGGUACCAUAUGUAGGAGGAGGAGGGGGAGGAGGUGGUGGAGGGGGCUAUGGAGGUAAAACGCCAACCCGGGUACCGGCAAACUUUGCGGACCCGUUUGAGCGUCAGCAGUCAUUCUCCAGAGAUGGCUACCACACACUGCAGUACAAACGAGGAGUGCUGGCCCACAGUGGGGGGAUGGGGGCCAACAACAUCAACAAUGACAGCCCGGGGAGAAUCCGUCACCUGGUCCACUCGGUCCAGAAACUCUUCACCAAGUCACACUCAUUGGAGGGGCCACACCACACACAAUCCAACAAGGGGGCCAAUAAUGGGAGCGUUAAUGGUGGUGUUGGUGGUGGAGGAGGUGGUGGUGGUGGUUCAAGGGCCAGCCUAGAGGGUGAAACUCCACCAGGGGGAGUGCGCCACCGGAAGCGCAGCAAGAGCCGCGAGCGUUGUCGAUCAGCAGAGCCCAAGCAUCGAAGCCACCACCACCACCACCACCAGCUCCACGGCUCGGCAUCUGCUCCAGGCUCCGGGUACUGGAGCUCAGAUGACAACCUAGAACGGGAGCUGUGUCUCUACCACCCUCACCAUCACCAACCUCCACCCUCACCCUCACCCUCCAUGUCCCCAUCACCCAUCGCCAUGACAAUGGGCCGUUAUCCCGGCAGAAACCAUGACAAGUAUCCCCAGAGUCCCCUCCCCAAUCUCUCCUCUUCGCAGUCCCAGCAGUACUUCAUGAUGGACCCUUAUGGCACACUCAACGAGCACACACACACCCACGCACACCACGGCCACACACACCACCAUUCUGCACUCAAAGUCUCCCGGAGCAACAAUGAUGUCAAGUACACAGCGUCGUCGGCGUGCGUGCCAGUUAGUGGCAGCAGCAAUAACAGCGGUGGCGGUAUCGUUGGAGGAAGUGGCUCCUUGCUGCCACUGGGUCUUGUGGACGGGCCCCUUGUGAAGAAAGGGGCGUGGUCGUCAAGCCUAACGGUGAGCAGGGCCCGAGAGGUCUACACCAACAACAGCAGCCACAACCAGCUACGAGCCAGCGCAGGACCCGGUAACCUAAACCUAGAUAGAGCUCUAGUCAAAUCUAGGGGCAGUCAGCAGCAGGAGCGCACUUGCCAUUUCUUACAGGUCCCUCAGGACGAGUGGAGCGGCUUCUCUCCGCUGGGGAAGGAGGACGACAUCCCGUGUCGGAGGAUGAGGAGCGGCAGCUACGUCAAAGCCAUGGCAGAAGAAGACAGCGGAGACUCUGAGGAGAGUCUCACCAAGCCCCUCCCCAAGGUGCAAGCCCGCCGGGCCAGCUACCUGAAGGCCACACAGCCCUCCCUCACCGAGAUGACCACUCUCAAGAUUUCGACGGAGCACUCCCCCAAACUGCAGAUCAGGAGCCACAGUUACCUUCGUGCGGUGAGUGAGGUUUCAAUCAAUAGAAGCCUGGAUACCCUGGACCCCAAAACCCUCCUCGACCCCAAAUCGCUGCUGUCCUCACCCCAAUACCGCUCACGCAAUGAAAGCUACAUGAGGGCCAUGAGCACCAUCAGUCAGCUGAGUGAGGUGGAGGUGAAUGGGCAGAUCGAGCAGGUGUGUGAGCAGGUCUACAGUGAGAUGCAGGCCCAGGCAUUGCAGGCUGCCAUGAACCGCAUGGACACCAUGAACCGCAUGGACACCAUGAAUCGCAUGGACACCAUGAACCGCAUGGACACCAUGAACCGCAUGGACACCAUGGACACCAUGGACACCAUGGACACCCUGCCUAUGCCUGGAUACUUCCGGAUGCGGAGCCACAGUUAUGUCCGGGCGAUCGAUCAGGGCUGUUCAGGGGACGAGGAAGGAGAGGGGGGGAGGCCGCUGCUCCUGCUGCCCUCCUCCCCGCCACGCACAUCCGCCACCACCGUCAGGACCAUCCAGAGCAGCACAGUUUCAUCUUGCAUCACCACCUAUAAGAAGACCCCUCCACCAGUGCCCCCCCGAACGUCCACCUGCUCCACAGCCUCCAAGCCGUACAUCUCCAUCACGGCCCAGAGCAGCACAGAGUCUGCCCAGGAUGCAUACAUGGAAGAGGAGGGACCCAGAGGUGACAUGACCAUCCAAUCAGGGCUCAGCAACUCCACAGAGAGCAUCGACAGCAUGAAGGCCCUGACUGCUGCCAUAGAGGCUGCCAAUGCACAGGUCCAUGGACCAGCCAGCCAGCAUGUCAGUAACAGCACCAUGACAGUGAACACUCCCAUCCCCACCAUCCUGACCAGGGGGCCAGUAGAAGACCACCGGGAUAUGUACAGGAAAGAAGCACUCAGGAAGGGCAGAUGUCUCUCUAUAGGCAUCCAGGUGGAUGGACCGGAGGAUGACCCCGAUCCAGAGGACCCCUCCAAGUUCACCUCUGUGGGGGUGCAGGUGGAGGAUGACAGAGGGUAUCGUCGGUUCCAGCGCUCCAACAGUGUGACAGCAGCGGUGCAGGCAGACCUGGACCUGCCGGACCUGCCGGACCUGCUGGACACCCCCCUGGAUUCCCCGGACACCGACAUGGAGGUCCUGUCCUCGGGGGCCCUCUCUCGACAGUACUCCCGCGAUGCUGCCACCUCCACGGUCAGCAUCCAGGGCUCAGGGAACCACUACCACGCCUGCACCUCCGACGACUACGACGAUGUGGGCUUCGACCCCUCCAUCCUCCCCCCCCCGGACCCCUGGAUAGACAGUGUGGCAGAUGACUCACUGGAUGUCAACUUCAACAGCUCUGCUAUUCUGGAGGUGGUGCAGCGCUCCGUGUGCCACAGAGACGGACACUGGUUCCUGAAGCUGCUGCAGGCGGAGACCGACCGCAUGGACGGGUGGUGUCGGCAGAUGGAGCUGGACCAGAGGGACAACGACCUUCCGGAGGACAUCCUGGGGAAAAUGAGGAGUGCGAUGGGAAGCGCUCAGCUGCUGAUGUCUCAGAAGUUCCAGCAGUUCAGGGAGCUGUGUGAGGAGAACCUGUUCCCACUGUCCCAGAACCCGAACGCACACCCCCGCCCGGUGGCCUCAGACCUGGCAGGGUUCUGGGACAUGCUGCAGCUGUCCAUCGAGAACAUCAGCCUCAAGUUUGACGAGCUGCACCAGCUCAGAGCCAACAGCUGGAGACCCCUGGACCCCCCCGACAGAAAGGAGAGGCGGCUCCCACCUCCAGUGCCAAAAAAGCCUCCCAAGGGCCCCCACCACCACCCCCCCCUGGCCAGAGACCGCUCCCUGGAGAGCUCAGAGAAACAGCGGCAGGAGGCCAGGAAGCGCCUGAUGGCCGCCAAGAGAGCGGCGUCCGUGAGGCAGAACUCGGCCACGGAGAGCGCCGACAGCAUCGAGAUCUACAUCCCCGAGGCUCAGACCAGGCUAUGAGGGCACAGCAGGGACUCACACACACUCAACAUACACAACACACACAUGUAGGCUUGUCCACGCUAACGUGUAAGGGUGUAACCAAUUUUAAAAUGUCUUAAAGCAUCAUACACAAAUCCCUACAGUGAGGGGAGUUGGCUCUUUACAGUUGUUCCCUAUCUAUGGUAUUAAAAUAGCUCUUCAAAAUCAUACAAUUCAGUAUUUUCUUAACAUUCGUAUCUUUUGAACCACUUUAAAUGUGCAGUGCCAACCUGAGACUGACUAAUAAAAAGAAAGUCUUACAUGCUCAUGCUAAUGAGACAGGGAGCUUUUACAAUCUUUCUCAAUAGCCUUCUCAUUACAAAGAGCUAUUUCAAAACUCAUUUGUUGUAAUCUGGACCUCUUCCAAUGCACGCACAGCAGGCAGUAAGGCAGCACUGUUUGGAGCUUUUUCCUUUCCCAAGAUAGACACAUGAAACCUACUUUAAUAUCAUCCUCCUUUUAUAAACACACCCUCAAGAAAAUCAUGUAGUACAAACAAUUGUUGAAUCCCGCCCGCAGCCCUCACUGAACGGUCGCUUUUGAAGAUGGAAUUCCAAAAGUAUUGCAAAUCAUAAUACCUUGGUUAUCCUCCUCUGUACAGACAUUGGCUUUGUGUUACACCCUUACCAACAGAUUUGCAGUUGACUUUCAAGACCCACAGGACCCAGAUACUGAACCCCUCAGUGUGUCGGCCAUGACCUGUAAGAGUUACGUGUUCACCCAUCAUCUACACGGGGAGCACACCUGACGCUUCAACACUGUCUAAGGAUAUGUCUCUCAUCAAAGAGGCCAAAUGUCCUUUUGCAAAAGGCCUCAGCUAUGUUACAGACAUUCUCUGUAUUACCUUUGCUCUGCUAUAAAUAGUAAAUAUAACACAUAUCAAAAUAUCAUAUAUUAUACAAUAACAAAUGAUAUAUAAAUGUACGAAAACGGGCCAAUAUAGAAUGGUGCAGAAUUGACUCCUAAACCCAGAAAUAAUUUAGCAUUUUUAGCAAAAGAAAUUUAAAAGGUGUUUUUGGUUAAAGUCUGUGGUCUAAGGUCUCUGGUAAACACAAGUUUAAAUAAGAAAUGACUUCUUUUUUUUUAUAUCAAAAGAUAUAUCAGUAAAUACCCCACUGAUGAACGUCUGAAGCUUCCUUGUGUCUUAAAAACAGCGGUUGCUAAGAGACUAAAUGAGACUACUAAAAGUCAUUACGCUAAACAUUAGCCGUUUAACCUUUAGCUUAGCGGUGGUGACAUAAAGUAAUGUAGUUUGUUUAUAGAAUAACGUUAGCUUUUUAAUGUUUAAGUAUCAUAAACAUGCGUUUUCCUUAGAGAUUAUUUGCUGCAAUAUUUAAAAAUCCAAUAGAAAAAGCCCUUUGCUUUUUGUCGAGGGAGCCCUUGCCAUGCUAACUACAGAAAUACAUCAUCACUGCACUGCUCUACACAUAGCCUUCAACCUCAAAUGAAUAACCUUCAACGUAACUCUGAUGAGGGGCUUCAGCCAUGUGUCGCCAACAGGAUCAAAUAAAGUAUGAGACCACCACUUGACUUUGCAUGCUGGUGUGAUGCUGCCAGUGUUCUAACCUCACAGGUUUGGUGGCAUGACACAGGACAUGGGUAUCUGUCGGUAAAUGUUGAAGCUUUGGUCUGUGGGUCUUGUAAAAUGGCAAGAAGGUGCAAUAUGUGCAGCGGUGAUGGACAGUCUUCCACACACAGAACACACACACACAGCCAGUAGUAAACACACAAUCAUAAAGUGGUGUCAUAGGGACACACUUGAAAUACACACUGGUGUACACACACACACACUCGGCCCGUCAGCGCCCACAGAUGAUCCUCUGCUGUAAUAUCAAUCUCUCUGGGGGAGAGAGCGCCAUGAUCGCUGUUGAUCUUCAUCUUCCUCUCCACACCACAUCAGUUCUUUAUUGAGCUCCAUGUAAUAAUGAACUUGUAUUUUCUUCUUCUAUGGUGGACUCUCUAAAACAAAAAGGGGACAAUAUCUCAAAGGAAAAUUCUGUUGUUUUACCAAACUUAGAUGUAUUUUCAUAGUUGUUGACAUGAUUCUGUUUGGUUGUGAUGGGGUUACACUCACAGGUUGUGCCACAGGGACUGCACUGCCACCAGGCAGACUUUAAGCAGACAUUCAUUCAAGGAUUUGUUUAAAAACGGUCUGCUUGCUUUUCUGGUUGCGUCCUCUGUAAUUUAGCAUUUCAGCUAUUAAUGACCAAAACGACAAAAAACGAAGUUGUAAAUAAACACCAUUUUCUUUUACCCCAGCCUGUGUAACUUAGACAGCCAUCAAGAGAAUUAGAAGUGCUGAUACUUUCAAACACACUUGAUGGAGACAUGCUGAGAAAUGAAAGGGUUUGGGUGUUUAGAUGAUCACCACCUGUAGGUCACACACUCCUUAUUUGGUUUGUCAGUUCUCCUUGGAUUUUAAGAGGAUUUGUAUUUCACAGGGUUCAUUUACACUUAAGCAAUAUUUAAAGGAGAUAUAAUGGAUGGCCUAAAGAUUUACGUUGUAACACAAGACCCUGUUAUUAUGAAGUUGGAAUGAGACAGAACGUGCGGUGGAGAAUCAUCUUGUGGCAGCUCUUAGUUGUGCAAUUACACAUCUUUCUAUUUUCAAGAUGUCCAAGUGCAUUUCUUUCCUCAUUAAACAUCGAUGUUUAGAAAGCCAUGCCAUGUGGAAGACUCUGGUAGUCAAACAGAUCUUCCUUGCUGUUUAGAGAUAGAAGAAUAUCAAUGCUGCACUUUGUGGACACAAAGGGAUUUGAAAUAAAGCCUUGAUAGUAAUGCGGUGGUUGCAAAACAAGAGCUUCCAGGAGUACAUUGAAAGGCCCCUGAAUAAAGUUAGAUAUAGUCUUUAUUCAGAGUUUUUAAUCCAUCUAUGAGCUGUACAGAGAGAGCGUUUUUAAUCUACUCUGCAUCCUUUGGAAAUGUGGCAGAAAGUUACCAGGCGUUAGGAUGUUGGCCUGGCAUUAUCAUCCGCUGCAUCGAUAUCACCUUCUUUACAUCGCUAAACUGGUUUUAGCUUCAGGAGGCCGUGAUGAGCACAAUAUGCAGCUUGAAAUGUCACUCAGAGACAGAGAGCCUGCUAGCAUCACGCAGUGUGUCAUACCGAUAGCAGUUAGCAGCUCAUUGGCUGCUCAGAUAUACCUCUCUUGCCAAAUGGAAAACCAGCCAUUAGCAUAUGCUAAGCUAAGGAAAGGGACUCUCAAUCAUCCUGAGCUGGCUUACUGAACAGAAUUCACCAACGUGAUGUCAAAACUGUGAAAAAGACAACAACUGUAUCCACUGCUCAUGAUGACUCCCUUCAGUUGAUGUAGUGAAUAUGGCUGUGAUUCACUUUAGUGAGACCGGCCACUCAGUUAGAACCAGGUGUGGCAGUGUGUGCUGAUCUUUCCACUUAACCAGAGUAGCUUUUCUGUGCUUGCUAUUGGACAGAAUGGAACAGCUGCCAGGUUAAAUGAUUCUGAGCUUAUAUGUGGAUGAAGUAGCAGUUUAGCUUUCAUAUAUAUCAAUGAAGGGAUUCUGGAUAAUUAGGAAUACAUGUUUACUAGAACUAUCCUAAAAUGUAACUUACAUUUCAAAUGUACUAUUUUGGUGUUUAGUUACAAAGCUAGACAUUCUUAUAAUGCCAUUGCUAGCAUAGAUAGCUUCACAUUACACUGCUUAAUAUCAGAGCAUUCGUUUUUCUUUACAGUAAAUCAACAGAAAUAUAACUCAUAUUCUGGAUACUGCUUAUUUAUUUAUUUGUGUAUCCAGGCGUGUGGUCCUCUCUGGUGUUUACUCAUCUGUGUGAGUCACACUCCGCCUGUGGACACAGUUGUUGUCCUCAGUGUCUCUGGACUUGUCAAAUAACCCUGAAGAUGUCACAGUGAUGUCAUUGAGGUUAUCUCAACUUGAAGACUAAUAACUGAAACUGUUACAACCUGGAGAUGAUGAUGUUUAUCAGACAAUAAUGGUCCAACAGAGCAACCGAGUUUCCUGAUAAAUAAAGUUUCCGUAACUGCUUUCCCGACGACGUUUGGAGGGACGUCUCUUCCGGAUUACUUUUGCUGUCUAAAAUACAUGGUUAUCGCUGUAAACUAGUUGCCAGUAAUGUGGACCCAGAGAUGUUGAAAACCCCAUAGUCAUAUAAAUGUCUAGUAGGGUCCCCAGCACAUAGAAGCUGCCGGAUGCUAACAGGCACAUGUUGGGCAAUUAGCGUACGUUGCGUUGGACAAUAGUUAUAAAAUGGCUUGGCAGAGUGGGACACUUUUCGAGUGGUUUUGGGGCUAUUGAGGAUGCUGAAUCCAUUUCUGAUAUUUUCAGGAUCAACCAUGACCGGUUUAACUAGAAAAUGUCCAUAUUUCUACUCGCCGAUGGAAUGAUUUUGACGGUUUUUGAAGUUUUAGAGGAUUGAAAAAAUGGAAUUAAAAAAGAAAAAUUGAAAAGUAGGACUUGGUUGGGUUAAGGAAAUAUCGUUGUUCGGCUGAAAAUAGCUGCGUUUGUUACGUUAUUUUCUUUACAGAGCUAAAUUAAAAUAAGUUGAAUUUCAAAAAUGUGUUUCCCUUAAAUGUAAUUGACAAUGCAGUUUUGUUGCUUUAAACAACAUUUUGAAGGGACCAUACUUUAAACCCUCUUUCAUAUUGCAAUAUGGAAAAUUAAGAUUGACGCAAACGAAUGACUAAAAGUUGGGAUAUUUAGCCUCAGACUGAUGCUUCAGUUUUGCCGACUAUUUUUGAAUCUGUCUCCUGGCCCCUCAUUUUAAUGCAAGCACAAUACUAAAUGGCCGGAGUCCCCUGUUAAUUCAAAGAAAAUACUUAUUUAAAAAGCUUUGAAAAGCACACCAAGCCAUUCCCCAUGUACCUGCUACACGUCCUGACCAGAGUUCUGAAGUGAAAGAAGAAGACAUUCCAAACCCAUAUUUCAUAUUCCACAGCUGAAGCACCUGGGUUCAACAGGGACAAAGAAAUCAUCUUUUGAGCAAAGCUGGUUUCUUUGGAGCCACAUGUUUUUUAUCUGUAAUAAUGCCAUUUAUACUCCUGCUACUUGUGCCAACAUUUAUUGUGACAGCCUCUUAUAUAACUGCCAUCCAUUUGUCCAGAGCUUCACUCUGGAAACGUUCACAGGGUUUACUCACUAUGAGGAUGGUGAUAUGUGUUGUUGAUGAAAGUAAUGCAGUAUUUAUUUUUCUUCUUUUGUAAAGAUUAGCUGUGUGUGUGUGUGUGUGUGUGUGUGUGUGUGUGUGUGUGUGUGUGUGUGUGUGUAUAUGUGUGUGUGUGGGGAAGGGUUGUCAUUGUGUACAGGAUCUAAUUACCUCUGUGUUGAAAUGAUGAUGACAGUGAGCCAUAUUCAAUGUGAAUCCUUGUUAUCAAGAGGAAACGGCCAUACUGAAGCUGGAAGAGGUUUUUUUGUUUUUCUUUUACCAUUUACUGAAUCAUUUCUUUAGUGUUCCAGUAGCAAGCUUACUGUCUGUGUGUCUGAGAGGAGCAGUAGAGCAGGAACAACAUCACUCAAAUGUGAACUAGGGGAAACGGGAAGAUUAGCACAUUGGUAAUCUUUAGUGUAAAUGAAGCUCCGGAAACUUCUCAAAUAAAGGCCUGGAUAGUUAUUCAGACAGGGUGACUCACGUUAGAACAGAAGCAGUGGGAGAUGCAAAAUGAUGACAGAGAUUGUCCAAUCGUUGGAGCUGGUCCCAAAAACAUCAAAUGUGAAAUAGGAAAAAAAGGUCAAUUCUACGGAAGAUCAGGACUGCCAAUACUGAACAGAAUCUUUAUCGAAAAUGUUUCCCGUUACUGCCAAAAAAGUAUUCUCAGUGUUCUCCAAAGGCUAACACAACUAUAAAGAACAUUCAAAUGAAAUGUCCAAUGUUAAAAAAUAACAUAGUGAAAUGUGAGAUUUGACAGGAAAAUCCAUUGGCUUACACCUUCUGCAAAUCAAGAACACUUUUAAUGGAAUUAAAAACACUAAAAUAUGACAAUGUUCUUAAUUAAAUAAAAACACGAGUUAAUACAU